CCCAAGUGUCAGUGCUCUCCUCACCCCAUGCCCCCAAAGCAACCCCACUCGAUUCCCCAAAACAAUUCGAAUCACCCAACAAUAAAAAAUGUGUAACGAAGCCCUAGUGGACUCCCACCGCCUGCUGGCCCACCUAAAAGAAUUACGCGUAAAAAAAAACUCAGGUGAGCUCGACGACGAGGCGAGUCUCUCCCUCCAGGAGACGAGAUGGAGAAACCGGUUGGAUUACGAUUUAAUUUCCUCCUGUCUCCAAAACUUCAACGAAGACGUUCGACUGGAGGUCCUCGGGCUGCUAGUGGAAUCGAAGAAGAGCACUCUAGUCUUCAACGAACGAGAAUUCCACGUUAUCCUGCAAUUUUUGACGUUCAACCUCGGUGAGCGACUGGAGUUCGUGCCGCUGAUUAAGAAAACCUUCAAACGCAUGAAAGAGAGUCUAGCAGUGCUGAAAAGACAGACAACCCAAGUGGAGAAAAUCGAGUCAUGCAGGCACGAGGUACGUGACAAUCUCCAAUUGUACGAGCAAUUAAAGAAGGAGUACGAAGCCACAGCCACUCGUUCACUAGCCUCCAUCGCCUACUACCGCAAAUUCUUCACUAAAAUCCGAGAGAUAUGUCUGAACGGCCUCUGCCCAGGCUCCACCCACACUCGAAAGAAGAACAGCCUGCGAAUACUCCAGCUGCAGGAGGAACUCCUGUCCCCGGACUUCAGGGAAUCCCCCUGGACCCCCGACCAAGCAGACAAGCUCCUCCAGUGUCUGCUAUUGGACACCUACGAGACCAACAAAGAGGUGUCUUUCAGGAUAAUAACGAACAUAAGCCCCUGCCUGCUGAAAUUAGAUAACGAGGAGAGAGUCGAUGAAAUAAUAAACGUUGCAUUGAGAUUGGGGAACAGUAUACGACCCAUUGACAGCAUAACAGCUGGCUACAUGUUCAAAGUUUCUCUUUUAUCACCGGUCAUUGAGAAUGUCUUAUUAAGACACCUGAAAAUUGAUGCAGUUGUUUGUGAUGCUGAUGAUGUUACCUUGUGGCUGAUUAUCGUUAUAAUUGAGCAGUUGAGAGAGCCAGCGAGACUGGCUAAUGAGAACAUAAUCAUAGCUGCUGCCAGGCAUUCCCUCUACGGUUAUUUAUUCUGCAUUAAAUUGCUGUUAUCCAUCUGCGAUCUCAGGAGUAAACACGAUCAUUCGUUGUGGCGGAGAACUGUUGAUGAUUUAAUCGGCUUGUGCUUGAGUCUGAAUAAAUCAGUAUCGCAAAUUGUUAAUAACUCUUCACCUGAGGGCCACUUCCCCAUGGAUCUAGAUGGCAAACACUUGAAUGAGGAUGUUGACGACGUGGAGGUGGCUGUGACACCUCAGAUGGUGUUGCUGUGCUCUUGGAGGACUGUCAAGGAAGUCAGUCUGUUAUUCGGGUAUCUCAGUGAGAAAUCUCCGAUUGAGGGAGGGGGGAGGGUGGGGCUGCUAUCGGGGGAACAGAUCGUGGAGAUUGGAGACCACUUGGUGACACUUUUGUGUGAGACUAAGCAUCGGGGGGCUUUUGAACAGGCUCAUGUCGGCUUCGAGCAGCUCUGCAGGAGACUGUGGAGGGCUGAGGAGGAGAGGCUCAAGCAGCUGCCGAAAUUGUGGCUUUAUCAGGUCUUGUUGGAUAUCACUGGACUGUCCCCGGGAAACUCCAAGCUUUGCGCCACUAGGAGGAGUGCUGGGGUGCCUUUUAUGGUUCAGGCAUUGAUCGCCUCAGCCCCAUCAGUCUCCAAAAAAUCCGACGCCGCAGUAUUUCAUUCCGUAAUGAGAAUCCUCCUAGGAUUGACUGAAUUCACUGAAGAAUGUCAAUUAUCAGGAGCAAAGGAGCUCCUCGAGAAGGAGGACUUCUUCAAAGCCAUACGAAGCCCCUCAGCCUCCCCGAACUCCAGUCACUCCAUCACAAUGACAGAAGUAAAAACCCACGCUCUGAACAUCCUUCGAGCCUUAUUCAAGCACGCCCAGCUUGGUGACUUGACCCGGGCCUACGCAGCCGACGGCUUGAUAGCCGCAAUCAAGAGUUACGACGAGAAAACCUGGGCAGAGCGUAACGCAGCGACUCUCCUCUACAGCUCCCUGAUAACUCGAAUCUUCGGUGUUCAGAGGACAAAGGACCACGUGAAUCUGACAGUUCACAAUAAAAUGACGGGCAGAAUAUUUUUCGAGAAAUACCCAAAACUCCUGCCCUUUAUGCUGCACGAGUUGAAAGUGUUUAUCGAGGCCAGUGAUGGCCUGAUUAAACCCAGUGUACAAUCGAUUCUCCUCCUAUUGUCACGACUCUACCUCAGUUACAAUUCCGAUAGUGGUGAUGUCAAUUGGAGAAUCGAUGAAUUCGUGUCUCUAGUCUCUGGCUGUGCCAAAAGUCGAGUUUACAAUACUCGUGAACUAGCUGCUAGGGCUUUAGUUCCUCUAUUGACUGGGAAAACAGUGGGAGCAUUCGUCAAUAGUUUGUUCGAGGUGAUGAUCAAUAGACCUGGGGACAAUGUAAAUUUGAAUCUUUUGCAUGGGUAUAUGCUGCAGAUUCUGGAGAUCACGAAGAGCUCUUUGUUGACAGCACCUGAGGCACCGAAACUGGAGGCCGAGGGCUUCGUCAGAGGCUCUGAGUGGAUCCUGCAGCAGCUCGAGACCUGCAAUGAUAGACCUGCUGCAUUUCCCCUGGCAACAGCACUCGUUAAUGUAUUCUGUGAACUAGUGAGAGUCAGUGGGGUAAUGGAGAGUGCAGUGGCUUUUGAUGGGAUUCUUCGACGCCUAUUGAGGCACAUUAAUGGGGAGAAUUCGCUCAAAGAUCGCCCGGGGCGAGAGGUUUAUGAGGCUGCUGCUGCUGGUUUUCUCAUUAGUCUAUUAGAUUCGAAAUUGGGGGGAUUUGAGGCUGUGAGGGGGGAGGAAUACUGGGGGUGUUGGGGGUCAAUGCUGUCGCAUGCUAAUUAUCAGGUGCAGAUUGUCGCCUGGGAAAGGGUCGUUAGGGCUGUUGAGGUCAACUCCAGUGGAGAAUUUUCCUGGAGAACUCUGAGACUCGCUCUGGAGGGCGUGAACAGUGUCAGGAACGAUCCGGAUUUGCAAAGUGUUAUUUUCGAAUUUUUGUGUGAGGUGUUUGACAGGGGGGAGGGGGAGUUUAAGGGCUUUUAUGUCGGUGAUAACAGACUUUUGGAAAUUAGUGAGACAGUUUUGAGAAUUUUUCGAGGAGACUUGCCUCAGGAUAAUGCCAGCUUUUUUCGGCUUUUGGGGAAAACAUUUGGAAGGUUAAUUAGGAGCUCUAGGAGGGAGUCUCAGUUAAUUGCCGAUGUUGGGAGUGCAGUUUAUGAGGGAUUUCGCGAGCACUCGUGGAUGGGCUCGGCUGGAAUCGACUGCAGGAUAGCUAUCGCUGGAGUUAUUCAUGAUAUUUAUGCUGAUAGCAGUGAAAACGGGAGAAAAUGUAUCAAUUAUGAGAAUACUUUGAACUGGUGGACGACUCUGCUUAAUUUAUUAGUGGACGAUAGCAAUCAAGUAAGAAAGUUGGCGUCGAUAGCUCUAUCGAAGGUACCUCCGGAGUCGGAGGUGAAGUGCGACUCGCACUCGUUGGAAUUAUUCUUCUAUAAGUUUUCGAAAAUUUGGAGUGGGGAAGGGGGGCUGCUCUUUGCCGCUUAUUUCGUGUGGAGUCUAGCACUUGCGGAGGGGGAUUAUGAGAUGGAUGAUAGUGAUGUAUUCAACAAAUGCUACAAUUACGAGUCCUUCGAGCCCCUGCGCAUAUCCAGCCUCUGCGAAGAAUAUCUGAAUACCCUAUCGGAUCAUUACGAUAUUCAUGCUCCAUUUCCGGCCGGAGUACAGACCUGGCUCAUCCAUAGAUUGAAUAUAGAGUCCUCAGACUGCCAAGACGCCCAAGCCCUCAUUACGUCCUAUCGAAAUCGACUGCCUCCUCUCAGCAACAAAUUAGACGACAUAUUGGAUCCCACGUGCAAUGAUAAAUUGCUGCAAUCAUUGGCAUUUGAAAAGUUUCUCCUCGUCGAGGAGCCACAUUACCAUGGGACUAUGCACAAUAGCAAUUGAAUCAAUUUAUCGCAAAUUUAUUACAGACAAAACAAUUUUUCAUUUACAUUUUUUUAAAAUGAAGACGACGAAUCGAAGAAACUGUUUUCCAAUAAAAAACGAAAAUUCAACAAAAUUUUUUCUCGAUUAUGAAUAAAUGCACGAAGAGUGCCGUAAUGCCUAUGUCUCAAUUGUACUGGGAAUUGUGCUUUUCGCUCACUCUCAAUCGCAAUCAGUUCGAAAGGAAGAAAUCCUAUCCAAAGCCUCUAGUUCUCCCUUCAAACUUCCCUUGUCUUUUCAGGAAUAUCUCUUUCCGAGAAAAAAUUUAAUGUUUUCCUUCAGUAUCAUACUCCUUGAGCCCAAAGAGCGAUUUCUUCUCUGAAACCUACAAUGCAUUGAUCGAAUAUGUACACUGUGAGGAAAAAAUUGAAAUUUCGUGGACAGUCUUCUGGUUAUUUUAAGGAAAGUGACAUUAAGGAUAUCCAAAUAUCUUUUACAGCUUGGUGCAAA